CAAAAAAUUAUAAGUAUACAAAAAAGUACAGUGCCGUCAAAAUGUCGGCACUGCGCCUGAUUCCCCGUGGAAACGCUGGGGGGAAUCUCAGCCAGAUUAUGACUCUCAGCCAAAUGGGACGUCGACUGGCGAGCGGCGGCGACGGCAUUCGCCUGAUGGUCGGCGAACGUGAGGUGGUUGGCUACGGCAUCAACGGUCGACCCAUCUACUUUGACAGCCAGGACUGCCCCUUUCCGGCCAUUCGAUAUCGCGAGGUUACACCCGAGCUGUGCGCCAUCCGCGAAAAGGAGCUGGGCGACUGGAAGAAGCUAUCGCUGGACGACAAGAAGCGGCUGUAUCGUCACAGUUUCUGCCAGACCUUCGUGGAGUUCCAGCACUUUACGCCCGAAUGGAAGAUCUGUCUGGGCGUGGCUCUGUGGCUCGUGGCCCUUGGACUGAGCAUCAGCAUGGUCUUGAAGACCAAAAUGUACGGCCAACUGCCGGAUACAUUCGACGAGGAUCGGCGGUCGGCCCAAUUGCGCCGCAUGAUCCAGCUGCAGAUGAAUCCCAUCACCGGAAUAUCAUCCAAAUGGUGUUACGAGGAAAACAAAUGGAAGUCACAGCUACACUGAUUUGCCGUCACACUGUGUACAGAAACGAAGCUAGUAACACACAAUCAACACACAAUUAACACACACUCAACACACAACACUUUCAA